AAAAACGGAAAUGAGAUUAUUAUUAGUUCUUCUAUUGAUUGGUAUAAUAUCAGCAACAAUGGCUCCUCCUAUUACAAGCAAUGAUAAGAAAUGGGUUAGAUCAACUGCAGAGAAUGAUUCAUGUCAUAAAGAUUGCAAAAAAUCAGAUGGUCAUGUUUGUGCAGGAUUACAUAAAUCAUAAUGUUGUUAAAAGCAUUGGUGUAUUUAAGAUGAAAAAUUACAUGAUGUAUGGAAUUGCAGAAAUGGAUUGUACAUAUUUAUGUUGAAAUUAGUGAAAUUCAUAUUGAUUCAUGCAAUUCUUUCCCAAAAAGAGAUGCUGGAUUUUUACAAGAAGACUAUUGAGCCACA